AUGGUGAACAAAGAUUAUAAUCUCAACAUGUAACUAAGUGUUACUGCAUCUUUACAUAGUAAUGUUUAGAUUACCGCGUGGAGUUUACGAUAAGUUGCUCAUGUAGUAUACGCUCGAAAGAAUUAAGUUGUGUGAAUUAUAUUCGUCUGGUGAUGAUAACCAUUGAGAAUGGGCGCCAGGAUUUUUCAGUCGAUGAACUUAUAUUUGCGACUGUGCUGUGGUCUAGUCAACCAAUGAAUUGUGGUUCAAUUUGCGGAAGCGACAAGAGAUUUAUGUCUUCUCCACAGCUCUGCGGCCCACCCAGCAACCUUCAGAAUGGGUAUUGGCGAUUUUUUCCCCACGAACAAAGCGGCCUGGGAGCUAAGCCGAACACACACGUGCAUCUGGUACCGAGAUGGAGUUUAAUAAAGCGCAGGGACUUCUUUGCCUCUGCUUUACCUGUUGGCGAUCUUCACGAAUCUCAGAGAACAUGUGGUUGGAAUAUGUACAUUGUAUGGUUAGAAUAAUGAUGAAUGGAUUUAACUGGUGGGCGUUUCUUUAAUAUGUUAUGAAGACCGGACUGCCAUCUUAUUUGAAGUUCUGGGAAAAUAUCUUAGGAUCACCCGUUUCCCGCCACUGGAAGCUGUCUCAUCACGAGAAUUUCUCUCGCAUGAGGCUCAAACUGUGCCCCAGUCUGACCUUCGAUCCCCACACAGACGCUAGUAACCUCAGGGACAACACAGGAUGUGCAAGCCACAUGCAAUCAGUCGAGGAGAUCCCUCUGUCCUUGAAUAUCUCAUCGGCGGCAGUCCGUGGGGAAACCGAAGAGGACUCACUCCCCGAGGAGGAGCUCAGGAUGGUCUCAGAGGCUGAGCAUGAGGGACCAGAGGCCCCAGGGAAGGAGAAGCUGAUAAUUCAACAGGAGUGCGAGCUGGUUACCCUGAUGACAGUGGUGCGUGGUCGGCUGGAACUCACCACAGGAUACUUCUACUUCUAUGAUCUCAGCCCUGUCAAAGAGGACGUGGAGCGCCAAGACUUUAAGUGGGCACUGUCACGAUUGCGAGAAGUACACCUGAGAAGGUACAACCUGAGGAGAAGUGCCCUGGAGUUCUUCCUCACUGACCAGACCAACUACUUCCUUAACUUCUCCACAAAGACACGUAACAAGGUCUUCACUAGGAUCCUGAGCCUUCGGCCCCCAAAUCUCUGUCACUACAGCAGCCGAACUCCAGCAGACCUUCUGAGGUCCACUGGCCUCACGCACAAGUGGGUCAAUAGGGAGAUAUCUAACUUUGAUUAUCUCAUGCAGCUGAAUACUCUAGCAGGCCGGACAUACAAUGACUUGUCCCAGUAUCCAGUAUUCCCCUGGAUUGUUGCUGACUACACCUCUGAGGAACUGGACCUCACAAAUCCUUCCACCUUCAGAGAUCUCUCAAAGCCAAUUGGAGUUGUCAACCCCAAGAAUGUGCCAGAGGUGCGGGCAAAAUACGACAGCUACGAGGAUCCAUCAGGAAAAACUGCCAAGUUCCACUAUGGUACACAUUACUCAAACUCAGCAGGGGUGCUGCACUAUCUUGUCAGGGUCGAGCCGUUCACAUCUCUCCACAUUGAGCUGCAAAGCGGAAGGUUUGAUGUUGCAGACAGACAGUUCCACUCCAUCCCCCAAACAUGGAAGCUGCUGAUGGACAAUCCAAAUGACGUAAAGGAACUCACACCAGAGUUCUUCUAUUUCCCGGAGUUCCUCAAGAAUAUGAAUGGCUUUGACCUAGGACUUCUCCAAGGAACAAAGGAGCGUGUGAAUGAUGUGAUACUGCCAAAAUGGGCCAGCAGUCCAGAGGACUUUAUUUACAAGCACAGAAAAGCUCUUGAGUGUGAGUAUGUAUCUCAACAUCUGCAUGAGUGGAUCAAUCUCAUCUUUGGCUACAAACAGAAGGGGCCAAAAGCAGUUGAAGCUCUCAAUGUGUUUUAUUACUGCAGCUAUGAAGGUGCAGUGGACUUAGAUGCCAUUUCAAACCCUGUGGAGCGGGAGGCACUUGAAGGAAUGAUCAACAAUUUUGGGCAGACCCCAAGCCAACUACUGAAGGAACCUCACCCCCAACGCCUGUCUCUUGAAGACGCCGUUACCAAGAUGCUUAAAUUGGAGCUGAGGAGGACAGACUUCACAUUAUUUCUUGAUAAUCUGCGACCCAUCCCCAUUGAGGUGUCAAAUGAGAAGGACCCAAUUGUGUUCGUGAGUUCCCCGCGUUCUCCGCCACGUAGCUUCCUCCAGGUGGGACUGGCAGACACGCUGUUGAGUGUAUCCAAGCUGGGAGUGGUGGGGACACAUUCCUGGCACCCACAUGACCGACAUGGUCCCAGAGGCUUCACCCUUGAUGUUGAUCCUACAAUUAACAAUGCCAAAACUAGAAAGAAGUUGUCAGGCCCCUUCCACCCGAGCUUACCACUCAGCAGUCACUUGUUUGUCGUGUCGAAUGAUGCCAAGUUCCUGUUCAGUGGUGGUUAUUGGGACAGUAGCCUGCGAGUGUACAGCCUUGCCAAAAGCAAGACUGUGGCAUCUGUCAGGAGACACUUUGACCUGGUGACAUGUGUUGCCUUGGACCAGUGCGGGUCAUUUCUUAUCACUGGCUCCAGAGACACAACAUGUGUGGUGUGGGAUGUGAGUCAUCUGGGAAUGGGCAGCAGUUCAACCAUCCACAUGACUCCACGACCCGUUCAGACACUGUAUGGUCAUGACAAGGCCAUCACAUGUGUGGGAAUCAUGACAGAAUUGGACAUGGCUGUGUCAGGGUCACUGGAUGGCACAGUGAAUGUGCACACAAUACAGGAGGGCCAGUAUAUGCGCACUCUGGAGCCAGUUGCUUGUGAAGGACUGAAAACAGAGAUUACAUUCCUUGCCCUGUCUUCACAAGGACACAUUGUGUUCUCUGCCACUGACAAGAUGAGUCAUUCGGUGCACGUGUUCUCUGUAAAUGGUGUGAGUCUUGGAUCCAAGUACGUGUCGGGGCGAGUCACUGGGCUUGCCGUAGCAGGAGAUUAUUUGGUGGUGGUUGAUGAUGCAGGAGACCUCACCAUGAGUAGGAUUCUUGGGUUGAGGCCAGUCUAUGAUAUUCCGCUCCAUGUUCCAAUUCAGUCCGUAGUGGUGACCGCAGGGAACACACAUCUUUUAGUUCCAACACGAGAAGGCAACAUCAUAGUUCUUGGAGUCCUAUGUAGUAGGGACGCUAAAUAGAAACUCACAUGGUUGGUAGGUCACCAGGGAGUUCAUUUAGAAGCAUUUACUGUCAUAUAUAUGCAGAAUGGAUAUAGGCCUUUAUGGCAUGGUGCUUGUUUAAUUAAGCACAAGGAUGACUUUUCCUUUGCUUUUGCUUGUGGUAAGUGAAGUAGCUUGUAGCCAUGAAGCUGAUCUAGAAUCAUAUAACUCCAAUAAACACUACAUGUAACACUUACUGAUCCUGAAACCUAACAUAUGCUGUACUGACAUGUUGCUUGUAUCUAAACAUAGGGCACACAGAUUAUAAAACUGAAAUGGUUAAAAUAUUCAGUCCUUCAUCCAACUAUCAGGUACAAUCUUCCCAUUUUGUAUUCAUAUGAUGAUUAUAUAUUUAAAGUAUCUGAGUACAGACUUAUCGCUCUCCAUCUUUGAUGCUGAGGUCACAUAAUUGUCACUAAAUUGCUUCUCGAAGGAGUGCCGUCUAGUGAUAACAUUAUAAAUUAUAUGUCAUACUGAGUUUAUGCUGAGAGACAUUUUAGAAACUUUGUUGUAGCAUUUGCAAAUAACUUUGUAUUACUGGUUUUGUGGACUUUGUCCAUCGUGUGGUACUGUGAUGAACAGAACACAACAGUUUGGAAACUGGAUUGCUUCCACAAUCAGGAUGAAUAAUCUCUGUCACUGGAAUAGUGACUGAGUUGAGUUUGUUCUGAUGGCCCCCCAAGUAAGUAUGUGAAUCCCAAUCAUCUUUCCACCUAAAGACAGAAACAGGCCCAGUUUCCAAAAUAUUAUUUUUUUUCGAGAAUACUAGAUGGUGGAUAAAGUUCAGAAACUCAGCAAUAUUAAUUGUUAUAGGACUGAAAUGAUUGUUUUAUGCUCUUCACAUGCUUUUUGAAAGUGCUGCCCAGUGGAAUUUCUGAGAUGAGAAAGCUGGUCUGUGAAGUAUUUUCCAAAAGUGUUGUCAUCAGUCUCUGGAACUAGAUACCUUAUUUCUAGACUGUGGGUUGCAUCAUAGCUGACAUCUGCAGUGCCUUGUCUUGACAUAACAAGCAGCCUGUUGGUCCAGCUGUGUGUACAAUUGUGUAAUAUUGCAGCAUUCCUUACCAUUGAAGAUGUGUUAUGAAUUAAGAAUCCAGAAUUGUGGACUACAUCAAGUUACAUAUUAGUUCAUGAUGUGAUUGCAGCUGCCAGAGAGUGUUAUAUAUUCAGUAAGAAAUGUUGUUAAGUCGAAUAUAUUGUUUAUAUAUUGUAUGAAUAUUUUAUUUUUUGUUGUUUAUUUGCUUGAAAGGACAAGAUGAUUGUAAUAUAGGAAUGAUUUCAUUCCAAGCAAAUACUUCUUCUUCUGAACUCAAGACUUGAAUGCAAAUAACAGAGUAAAAAAAUUCUGUGUUCAGACAUCAACAAGGUAGAAGAUAAUUUUAUACUAAUGGUGCUUGUGCCUGGUAAAUGUAUCAACAUUAACCCUU